CAAAUAGGCUGGCAACACCGUCCAACAUAUGUCAACUGCCAGAUUGUUUUGUUAUCACUUAGUUGAGGACGCAUUUUCAAUGCCCGAGAUGUCUGAAGAAAAAUGUCACUUCUGCCAUGAGGCGCCCUUUAAAUACACUUGUCCAAAGUGCAAUGCGAUCUACUGCAGUGUCGCUUGCUACAAGUCGAAGGAACAUCUGAAGUGCUCUGAAGAGUUUUAUAAGACGUGCAUCCAAGACGAACUGGCCAGUGCAGCAACAACGUCGGAAAGCAACAAAGGCAUGCGUGAGAUAUAUGACAUCCUAAAACGUAUGCACAAAUUUGACGCCGGCUUUAAGCCCGAGGACUUUGAUGCCGAUGGGCUAGACAGUCCCUUAGAUUCGGAUGAUGAAGCGGAGCUCGAUCAAGAUGGUGAAGGGGUUGAGGGAGACGAUGGCACAGAGUAUCCUACUCAAGAGGAGACGGAUGAGACUGUGGACAUUGCUGAGCGUCUGAAGGGCAUCGACAUAAAUGAUGCAGAUGAAGUUUGGAGCCGAUUGACAAUGGACGAGCAGCAGGAAUUCCAAAAACUAAUAGCAAGUGGUGAUAUAAUGAAACUCAUGCCCGACUAUAAGCCCUGGUGGUGCAAGCCAAAGAACUCAAAGAUUGUGGUCAUGCCCUCACCAACAGAUGUUAACGUUGACAUGCCCCAAAUACAAAAGAACAUACCCAAGUUCACGGACCUAUGCAAGACACCGUCGCCGUGCUUGCACUACAAUCUCUGGAACAUAUUGAGCGCAUACGCGUGUGUGUCGCGUUUCUUUGGCGGCGAGCAGCGCACCAGUGCCAGUGAAGCUGUUGCCCAUUUGGUCAAUCUCAGUGCAACGUUGAAGUAUGGCACCAACUUCGAGGACGCUGAGGAUGCUAUUAUAUCGGUGGAAAUGGAGGCCUGCACCACGGGGAAUGGAUCGGCUGGUGCUGCUGCUGUUGGCAGCGCAGGUGCAGGUUCAAAUUUCCUAGUCGAGAGUCGCGAACAGUUGCAGCAGGAUGCGCGACAGCUCAUGUCUACGCAACAAAAUAAAUUGGCGGCAUUGAGUGAUGUCCUUCAAUUGCUGCAGCAGAGCAAAGCGUUGAGCAGACGGAAAAAUUCAGAGGAAGCUGAAUUCCAGAAGCUCUUCGCGCUUGCCAGCGGCAGUGUUGAGUUGAAUCGAACCAAACUGUCACAGCUGGUCAAGAAAAUAGAGUUUAUGCUGUCGUAUGUGGCUAGGGAACAGGUCCUGUGAGAACGCUGUCAAAUAAAAAUAUUUAGUUCUAACACAAUUUAA